UUCUUCAGGGAAGUGCUGUAGAAGAAGCAAGCAAACUCCUGUUUCAGUACAGAAAGUGUUAGUAAGCAGGGUCAUCCCUGUCAUAGCCCAGAAACAAGAUGAGAGAGGAAACUGGAAUAUCCUGGAGGGAGUUUAACUCCUGCUUCCAAGGGAGGCUCCUGGCACUGAGGAGGUUGAACAUGGAGAGCAACGGGGGAGAUCUGUAACCCGAGGAGACUGAGUGAAAGCACAGGAGACAAAUCAUCUUGAAUUUUUCACUUGUCCAAGUUGGUGACAAUGGCAACUUAUUCUGGAGUGACCUCAGCAGUGUUUUUCAUCUGGGUUACGACAUUCAUGGCUCAAAAUUACAUUAUAACGGGUUCCAUUCUUUCACCUUGCAGGAUCACAGGUGUAGGAAUUUAUCUUGAGGAGAAAGUGAAUUUCUCAGAAGCAAGUAAUGCAUGUAACCAACUGAAUCUACAAUUGGCAAGUAAAGACCAAGUUGAAAAGGCUUUGAAACACGGCUUUGAAACAUGCAGCUAUGGAUGGGUGAAAGAUGGAUUUGUUGUCAUUCCUCGGAUAACAUCCAACAAGAAAUGUGGUAAGGGCAACACUGGACUAGUGCCGUGGAAUGCUGAGCACUUUAAAACAUUUAAGGUUUACUGCUUCAAUUCCUCAGAUGUUCAGAUUAAUUCAUGUAAACCAGACCCAACUACAACCAUGCUACCUUCAUCAAGUGCAUCAACAGACUUAAGUGCAUAUUCAGGCUCUGAAUUGACUGAGAAUGUCACAGCAGCGCCCAAUGUGACCGAGUCAGAACAAUCCCUGAAAAAUAGAAAAUUUCGCGUAAUAUGUAUAACCGAAACUAUAUUACCAACAGAGGGAACUACUACAGAAAUGCCAGAGGAAUACUCACCGAUUGACUCUCCCAACUACACCUCCCGUGCUGCCUUUAAGAACGAUGCCGUUGUCUUUGGAGGUAUCCCCACUGCACUUCUUGUACUGGCAGUCUUCUUCUUCAUUAUUUCAGUUGUUCUAGCAGUCUGCUAUAUCAAAAAGUACAAGAAAACUUUCCCAUUUUCAAACAAGAAUCAGCAAAAAGAAAUGGUUGAAACUACUGCUCUCAAGGAGGCCACGUCAAAUGACAAAACACCUGAGAAAGAAACAACGAACAAUGGAAAAAAGGUAGAAGAGUCUCCAACGAAGCCUGAGGCCACAGUAAAAUGUCUAGAAGCAGAAGUUUAAGGGGAAGAACAUGCACUUUUGGUAGAAAUAUUAAAUGAAGCACACAGAACUUAGCAAUGCUUUUAAACAUGGGUGACUGUAAAUACUCAUGAAUGAAUAUUUUAUCUUUCUUAACACAUGAAAACAUGUUUUUUUAAUAACUGCAUCUUUAUUCAUAAAUGCUCUUGCAGAAGAACAUACUGUCUUAUUUACUUGAAAUUACAGCUCAUUUUUCCUCUUUAAUCAAUAUUAAUGACAUGCAGUGUGUUACCUGUUUGCACAGAAUUCAGAUCAAUAUAUAAUGAAAAGGUUUUUCUCAUCUGGCUGGAGAAUGUCUGCUAGCUUAAUGUCUAAAAUAAAAUGAUAAAACUGUAGCUCUUCCUCAUGUAGAUUAGCUUCUUUCCAUUAAGUAGUCACAUACUGUUUUUAAAAAGUCUGUUUACAAACAGUAGAAACAAACCUGUUUACACAUGAAUAAAAAAAUCAAAUAAUCCAACCCACUGUUAUUCAAAUACACAAGGAAGGGUACAAAGAUGUUGAUGUUUAAAUAUAUAUACACAGCAAUUAAUAACUUUCUUAGAUAUCUUCAUCAUGGAAUAAUUCACUGUUUUAUUUAUUAAAACUUGUGUCAUUCUUCUGCAUCAGAUAUUUGACAGGGAAAAAAAACCUUUGAAUUAUAUCUCAGCAGUUAUAUUUAAGAUCUUUUGUGUAUAUUUAGAUGUGGCUUUCAUAAUAAAGAUCUCGUGGUAUGGGACAUUUACAGUACUUCAUAAAGAAA